CGUUCCUGUCCUUGUUCACGAUCCGUAACGACCGCUCGACGCUAUACCCCGCAACCCUCGCCAUGGCCGACCGACCGAGCUCGCAGGUGUCCACCACACCUACUGCCGUCGACGACCGCGGGCGCGGCCAUGCACCCGACCACCAAGACUCGCAGAAUGUCUCCGAGAAGCAGUCAUCCGUUAGGAAGGAGCGACCUACUGUCGCAGUAACACAUCCAAACUCGAACGAUACAUACGAACCCAUUCUCUUCUACGACGAGCCACCUCCACUCAAGUAUACCAUCAAGACUGGCAGCCGCGAGCGUGCCAUAAUCAUCUGGUUUACUCUUCUCUUCGUCGAGUCUGGCAUCCUUCCCCUCAUUCUGUUCUAUUCACUCUCCUGGGGCGCGCAUCUGAGCACCACGAAGAACCUUGCCAUCAUCACAAGCCUCAUCGGCACCGUGUCCGGUUUCAAGUUCGCGCAACGAAUGUGGUUCUUGUGGUUCAUCCGUGACCACGUCAGUCGGAGACCGAUCGGUGUUGGACGCUGGGGUAUCGACUUCUUCCAAUACAUUCUGAGCUUCGCCAUGGCAGCGUUCUUCAUCCCACUCAUCAUCGGUUCCUCGGUAAACCCGGGGAGUCCGCGAAUUACCGCGAUGGCUUUGCCAUGCGUCAUGCUCGUCCUGACCCUACCGCUCCUCAUCACCGGUGUCUUCCCUUACCGGAUUCGCGUACCGUGGCGUGUCUCUUCCUUCCCGCCACGUCAGCCCCUCCCUCCCCUCGGAUAUUGCUAUGUCGAGGACAUUGUCGCUGUCGACGGGGGCGGCUGCACGCAGUUCCGACAGGCUUGGCGUACUCGCUACGAAGAAUCACAGGUCAUUCGACACAUGGUCCGCCAGCUCUCCGUUCUCUGGGGAGUCUCGGGCCUGAUCGUCGCCGCCGGCGUGCUCGCAGCGUGCUGGACCGCGAGCGUAGACACGGGCUACGGGAUCGGCUACGGGAUCCCGUGGCUCUGGGCGCUGCUCAUGACCGCAGUGACCGUCGUGCGGGUGCACAACGAGCUCGCGCGCGAGCGUCGCGAGUGGGUCGCGCGUAUGGAGGAGGUGCACCGCGCGCGAAGAUUGCGCAUUCGCGAGGGGAAGUACGACCCGCCUGCGCUGCCGACGACGGUGGACGAGGGCCUGCGGCGGGACCUGGACGCGCGGCGCUCGGUAGACUGGCGAGACACAGAGGGGGCGGAGCACCGGAGGACGGCGAGCGACGGGAGCUGGUGGGUGCGGAGUCGGAGCGGUCGGAGGGGCGUGGUGAGCUCGCCAACGAGGGGCGUGAGCGGUAAUAGGGAUGGGGAGGGCGUAGCGGCGCCGGAGCCCGCGGUGACGAGAGAUCGGCGGAGUGUGAGCCCGGGAUCACGUUGGGAGGGCAGACGAGCCCUGUGUGAGGCCAACCGUGGUUCUCCGCGUGUGGUGGGUGGUUGGUGAGUGCUGUAUAGUGUAUGUCGACCACUUGGUGUUUAUGAUUAUGUACGAUUAAUGGACCUGGAAUGGAAUGGAUUAGAUACACGG